AUGACCUCUACAAAUAGUUCGGCCACGGGUGCUACCGUUGAGCCGGUGAGCUCUUAUGCCACGACUGUUUCCAAAAUCGCCGGACGGUCCAAGAUUCCAGAGGAAGCGUCUUCGAAUCCCCAUCACAUCAUCAAGGGCGGGACUGUGUCUGGCUUUAAGAAUCCGUAUCCGUCGUGGUCGAAUCCCGUCAACUUUUGGUCCAUUGUCAAGAAUGUAGUUUGGCCAACAUUGACAGGCCAGCUCAAACGACCAGACACUUCUCCUCCCACCGUCCCCGUCCAGAAACCAGAAUGGCUCCCCGACCGCACAUCAUCAGACAAACUCCGCGCAACAUGGCUCGGCCACGCGUGCUACUACGUCGAAUUCCCAUCCGGCCUACGCGUCCUCUUCGACCCCGUCUUCGAAGACCGCUGCUCGCCAUUCACCUUCAUGGGACCCAAGAGAUACACCCCAAAGCCCUGCGACCUCAAGGACAUUCCUCUGAUUGACGCCGUCGUCAUCAGCCACAGCCACUACGACCACCUGUCACACACGUCCGUCGUCGAAAUCCAAAAACACCACCCGGACGUACAAUUCUUCGUCGGGCUCGGCCUGGAAACCUGGUUCCGCAAGUCGGGCCUCAAAAACGUCACCGAGCUCGACUGGUGGGAGGACGCAAACCUCAACGUCAAGAUCAAGACGGGCGAAAAAGAAGACACCAUUUCCGCCAAAGUCUCCGCCCUGCCGUGCCAGCACACGUCGGCACGAUCCCUCUGGGACAAGGACACCACGCUCUGGUGCUCGUGGGCCGUCAAAUCCGGCGACAAGUCCGUCUGGUUCGGCGGCGACACGGGUUACCGUGCUGUUCCUGCGUUGCCCGCUGGUACGGACGACUACGGCCCCGAGUAUGAGGCCCUGCCGCGGUGCCCGCAGUUCAAGCAGAUUGGCGAGCUGAGGGGGCCGUUUGACCUGGGUUUGAUUCCUAUCGGGGCGUAUUAUCCGCGCGUGGCGUUUUCUGCCAUGCACGCCAAUCCGUUUGACUCGGUUGAGAUUUUUCAGGAUACAAAGUGUGAAAAGGCAAUGGGCAUUCACUGGGGUACUUGGGCGCUGACGAUGGAGGAGGUCCUUGAGCCGCCAAAGUUGUUGAAGGAGGCCCUCAAGAGGAAGGGCAUUGAGGAGACGGGCGUGUUUGACAUUUGCGACAUUGGCGAGAACACCAUGGGCCUACCAGUCUACGAGAACACCCCCACAUCCACCACCACCACCAACGAGAUUGACUUCCAAAUCGAAAAGCCCUCUGGCGCCGGUGUAAACACUGGUGCUGGCUCAACAAGGCCCAAGACACAGGAGGAACAGGAAGCCGACAGACUAUACGAAGAGGCCAUGGAGGAUGAAUAUGCCAAAAGGGAGGGCGGCGCAUAA